ACAUAGAGGCCUAUUAGAUUCAGACAGGCUAGAUUGAUUAUACAGCAGCAGAAGGAGCUUAGACUCAGAGCUGAGAGAGGAAGAGAGUAUGUAGUAUAGCAUCAGUAUGUGACUGCUGGUGUCUGAUAACACUGAUAUCUAGUUCCCUCAGUGGACAACUUACUGAGCUACCUUUUUCCUUCACGAGAGGAUGCCAGCCUCCAGGCUUUGCAAGCGAUGAUAGACUGGACCUUGGAAUAGUUCAUUUUACUUAUCUCUUAACAAGCUGCAUCUCUGAAGAAGAGGUUCAUUACUGAAAACAAAAAUUAGCCCUCUCCCCACUAAACCCACACAACACUGAUGAUAUACACAGUUUGAUCCUCCAGAAGAUUUCAAAGGAGAAGACAUUUUGGAACAACAGAGGGAGAUUCUACAAAAGGUUGCACCAGAGGCUCACAUCAAAAUUCAUAAGGUCAGUGCAACAAAUGCAAGAGCUGAAGACAAAAAGACAGCUGAGAUAGUAAUUUUUGCCAAAGAAUUACUAAGAUCCCUGUGUGUUUGAGAAACGGUAAGAUUGGCUUGGCAGAUUGCGUGAGAGAAGGAAAGCACACAGCUACCAUUGUGCCGUAUAAAAUGGUUGGCUGUGGCAGUCUAUUGUGAAGACCUCAGAACAAAUACCAGAAAUUUCUCCACUAGUUCCUCAUGAUGUAAAUGCGGUGUGACCUUUCCCCAAUGGGCAGUUAAACCAUGGACAUACUAAAAAAAAACAUUUUGGACUGUUUUUCUAAACCAGGCUUCACCUUCCCUCUUGGGGACCUAUUAAGGGAUUACAUCUGAAAAGAAAAACAAAAGAGAGAAGGAAACCUUGAACUGGAAAGUUAUCCUACAAUGAGAAUUAUGAGCACAUCUUGUAUCUGCCCAGUCCUAGUUUGUCUCUGUUUUGUGCAGAGGUGUUAUGGAGCUGCUCAUCAUGGCUCCAUCAAGGUGACCAGAAAUCAAACCAAACACAUAGAAGGUGAAACAGAAGUGCACCAUCGUCCCAAGCGUGGAUGGGUAUGGAACCAGUUCUUUGUUUUAGAAGAACACCUGGGACCAGAUCCCCAGUAUGUGGGAAAGCUACACUCCAAUUCUGACAAAGGCGAUGGAUCAGUUAAGUACAUCCUUACUGGAGAAGGGGCUGGAACUAUAUUUAUUAUUGAUGAUACUACAGGAGACAUCCAUUCAACCAAAAGCCUAGAUCGAGAGCAGAAAACACACUAUGUGCUGCAUGCUCAGGCUAUUGACAGACGGACGAACAAGCCACUCGAGCCUGAAUCUGAGUUCAUUAUCAAAGUGCAAGACAUCAAUGACAAUGCACCAAAAUUUACAGAUGGACCUUACAUUGUUACUGUGCCAGAGAUGUCUGAAAUGGGUACCUCUGUUCUACAAGUGACAGCUACAGAUGCAGAUGACCCUACCUAUGGGAACAGUGCCCGGGUGGUAUACAGUAUUCUUCAGGGACAGCCAUACUUCUCUGUUGAUCCUAAAACAG